AUCUUGCUUGCUUGUUGCUUGUGUUUAUCAGUGGUUGGUUGAAGUGCUGAGUUUUUAAAUACCUAUUGCGUUUAUUUCAACUCAAAAUUUGCCAACCAUCCGAUGCGUAAUGUGAUACUGUUUACAUUACUUUAUUAACAUUAAUGUCUUGCGACGAGGAGAAAUUAGAUGCCAGUGAAAUGACACAAUAUCCAGAUGUUAACGUUGAAAGGCACAGAUUUCCGUUUUGCAUAGUAUGGACUCCAAUUCCUUUACUAACAUGGAUGUUUCCGUUCAUUGGUCACAUGGGUAUUUGUACUUCGCACGGGGUUAUUAGAGACUUUGCCGGACCAUACCAUGUCAGUGAAGACAACAUGGCAUUUGGCAAUCCCACCAAGUACUGGCAGUUAGACCCUGAUAAAGUAACAGGCGGGGCGGCCGCAUGGGACAGGGCUAUAGCUGAGGCAGCAGAGGUGUAUAAGGGGCGCAUGCACAACUUAUGCUGUGACAACUGCCACUCCAUGGUAGCAAUGGCUCUCAACAAAGUGAAAUACAAUGGCAGCUCUAACUGGAACAUGGUCAGUCUAGCCCUCAUGUCAUUGCUGCGAAGUCAAUAUGUCAGUGUUGGUGCUUGGAUCAAGACUUGGCUGCCUUUUCUCCUUUGGGCAUCAAGUUUAGCCGCAUACAUAGCAAUAUUGAAAGGAAUAAUGUAAAUCAUCUUACCAUCCUUAUACACAUGAGUACCUUUAAAAUACAUUUUUAUAACUAUACUUGUUAGGGUGUACUUUAAGUCCUUAAGUAUUGAAAAUUAAAUGUUAAGUUUCAAUUUGAUCAAUUAAACAUAUUUUUACUAUCAUUUAAGAUUUGUUUAAGCUAACUUCAUUUAGUAUUUUGUGAUG